AUGUCCAUGUGCAGCUGCAACAUCAAGGGCAUCGGCCCCUUCAACCUGGCGGCUUGCGUCGUGAUAUUUUCGCUGUACAAUAUGCUGAGUUCUACUGUUGAACUAUGUGCUGUUAUGAGGAGGAGCGCCCUCCAGGGUGCCUCGGACUCUGUCGCAGCCUUUAACUUCUUCUCGUCGUCCUUCACUAUCAUCGCCGGGGCUUUGGGAGUCCUCUCAACUGUCACGAAGUCCCACCGAUUUGUUUUGGUUGUUCUAGUUGUGGCGAUUAUGACAAUGGUAUGUGAUGCAGGAGAGCUAAUAGCCAAUGCAUUAUCGGGUGCUCCCAGCGUGUUUCAGUUCAUCAUGACGACGCUCCACUUCAUGCUCAACUCCGUUGCCAUGGUGGUAUUUUUGUCGUAUUACCGCGUCUUGAAAAGAGGUGGAACAGGCAGAGAAAGGAUGUCACCUGACGACUUCAAGAAUAUGGAGGACGCAUCCACAGAGAACGGAGAGAAUCCUCUCUCUAGUCCUAAAAUGGCUAUGGCAAAAGAGGACACGCCAUUGAUGGCAUGA